AUGGGGUCCCUGUUCCGCAGUGAGGAGGUUUGCCUGGCCCAGCUCUUCCUCCAGUCUGCCUCAGCCUACAGCUGUGUCAGCGAACUGGGGGAGCGGGGGCUGCUGGAGUUCAGGGAUCUGAACCCCAAGGUCAGUGCCUUCCAGCGACGCUUUGUGGGUGAGGUGCGACGCUGCGAGGAGAUGGAGAAGACUUUCACCUUUCUCCAGCAGGAGUUACGGGACGCCGGGCGGGUGCUGGCCCCAUGCCCGGACAACCCGCGGGCACCGCUGGCACGGGAGGCUCUGAGGGUGCAGGAGCAGUCGGAGCAGCUGGCACAGGAGCUGCGGGAGGUCAGCCGCAACCGGGCGUCCCUGCGCGGGCGCCUGCGGGACCUGCGCCAGUACCUCCACGUCCUGCGGGAGGGUCGACGCUUCACCAGCCUGCCGGCUCCUCUAGGUUCUCCGCCGCGGUCCCGGGCGCUCUCCGAGCGUGAGCCUCUCCUCGACCCAUCCCUGCACCAGCAUCUUGACCGCAAGAUCAACUUUGUGGCUGGUGUCAUUCACCCCUGGCGGGUGAGCGCCUUCGAGCGGCUGCUGUGGCGAGCCUGCCGUGGCUACUUGGUGGCCAGCUUUGUGGAGAUGCCCGAGCCCAUGGAGGACCCCACCACAGGUGAGAGCAUCACCUGGGUCAUCUUCGUCAUCUCCUACUGGGGCGAGCAGAUUGGGCAGAAGAUCCGCAAGAUCUCGGACUGCUUCCACUGCCACGUGUACCCCUACCCAGAGAGCGAGGCCACACGGGAGGAGACCAUGAGUGGGCUCCACAGCCAGAUCCAGGACCUCAGUGUGGUGCUGGAGGAGACAGAGCAGUACCUGGCUCAGGUGCUGGACAAGGUGGUGCUGGCACUGCCCACUUGGAGGGUGCAGGUGCAGAAGAUGAAGGCCAUCUACCUCAUCCUCAACCAGUGCAGCUUCGAUGUCACUGAGAAGUGCCUCAUUGCUGAGGUCUGGUGCCCAGUGAAGGACCUGACCCAAGUGCAGGAUGCUCUGCGCCAGGGGUCGUACAAGAGUGGCUCGAGCGUGGAGUGCUUUGUGCAGCGCAUCCCCACCUCGGAGAGUCCUCCCACCCUCAUCCGCACCAACAAGUUCACCGCUGGCUUCCAGAGCAUCGUAGAUGCCUACGGGGUGGCCAGCUACCAGGAGGUGAACCCUGCACCCUACGCCAUCAUCACCUUCCCCUUCAUCUUCGCCAUCAUGUUUGGGGACGUGGGCCAUGGGCUGCUCAUGUUCCUCUUCGCUCUCUGGAUGGUGCUGUACGAGGACAGGCCCAGCCUGAGGCAGGCCAGCAAUGAGAUCUGGCUGAUGUUCUUUGAGGGCCGCUACCUGAUCCUGCUGAUGGGAGCCUUCUCCAUCUACACCGGCUUCAUCUACAACGAGUGCUUCAGCAGGGCCACUGCCAUCUUCCCCUCUGCCUGGAGCGUGGCUGCCAUGGCCAACCACUCCUCCUGGAGCUCUGCCUACCUCGCCACCCACCCCGUCCUCACCCUGGACCCCAAUGUCACCGGUGUCUUCCGAGGGCCCUAUCCUUUUGGGAUUGACCCAAUCUGGAGCUUGGCCAUCAACCAUCUCAACUUCCUCAACUCGUUCAAGAUGAAGAUGUCUGUGGUGCUGGGCAUUGUGCACAUGGCCUUUGGGGUCAUACUGGGCAUCUUCAACCAUGUGCACUUCCGCCAGUGGCACCGGCUGGUGCUGGAGUUCCUGCCCGAGAUGAUUUUCCUCCUGGCGCUCUUCGGCUACCUCGUCUUCCUCAUCUUCUUCAAGUGGAUCAAGUUCAGUGCUGCCAACUCCUUGGUGGCCCCCAGCAUCCUCAUCCACUUCAUCGACAUGUUCCUCUUCACCUCCAACGCUGACAACCUCCCUCUCUACCAGGGGCAGUUGCCGGUGCAGACGGUGCUGGUGGUGCUGGCGCUGGCAUCGGUGCCCGUCCUGCUCCUGGGGACACCGCUCUACCUGUGGUGCCAGCAGCGCUCGCUGAGGACCAGCCAGCCCACGCUGGUGGCCAGCAGGGAGCAGGAACCGCUGCUGGAGGGGCAGGAGGCUGGCAACUCCGUCAACGCCACCAAGGAGGAUGUGGAGAGCGGGGGGCACAGCCCUGAUGCCAAGCACUUGGACUUGGCUGAGCUCUUCAUGCACCAGGCCAUCCACACCAUCGAGUACUGCUUGGGCUGCAUCUCCAACACUGCCUCCUACCUCCGGCUUUGGGCGCUCAGCUUGGCCCACGCCCAGCUGUCGGAGGUGCUGUGGAGCAUGGUGAUGCGCAAUGGCUUCGUGGGGCUGAGCUACGUGGGCGGCGUGGUGCUGGUGCCGGUCUUUGCCGCCUUCGCCGUGCUCACCGUGGCCAUCCUGCUGGUGAUGGAAGGGCUCUCUGCCUUCCUCCACGCCCUGCGCCUGCACUGGGUGGAGUUCCAGAACAAGUUCUACGUGGGCUCUGGGUACAAGCUGUGCCCCUUCACCUUCACACCUGACCACUGGGAGUAGCUGUGCCAUGAAGAUGCUGGGAGGAUAGGUGUGGGGGAGGCUUUGGAGCAUCACCUGGACCAAAUC